AUGCUCUAUUCAAUUAUCGUGUAUAGCGCUGCACGACAACUAUGUACAUCACUGUUAAAAGACGAUCCAAGUAUUAAUUGUGAAGUUUUACAUGAACAAACGGGAACACCUAUAGCUCAAGUAUCACCAUUGAUAAUUGCUUGUUUCGAAGGCGAUAUUGAUAUUAUUCGAUUUUUUAUUGAAAAUGGUGCUGAUCCAAAUCAAACAGAAAGUGAACAUCAUUUAACACCUAUUCAUGUUUUAUGUGAUGCUGAAUAUCAUGGACAAAGUUUACGACACAAAGACCGUGCUGACUUAAUUCGUUUAUUAGUUAAACAUGGUGCACAAGUUAAUCAUUUAGAUCGAAGUUCAAUGGCACCUAUUCAUAAAGCUGUUAUUCAUGAUCGACCUGAAUGCGUUCAAGUAUUAAUGGAAUCACGUGUAGAUCCAAAUGUUGCUUUUAUGGGUGAUACACCACUGAGUAUUGCAGCUCGACAUAAUCGAAAAAGUAUUGUUCAGAUUUUACUUAGUCAUAAAGAAACUAAUGUUAAUCAUCGUAAUGAUCAAGGUGGUACAGGUCUUCAUUUUGCCAGCGCUGCAAUAGUUGAUAGUCCAGAAUGUGUCGAAUUAUUAUUACGGCAUGGUGCUAAAGUUAAUGCACAAGAUUUGAAAAAUAACACGGCUGCAAUGGUUGGUUGUUUUUUUAAUAAACUAAGAAUUUUAACAACUCUUAUUCGAGCUGGUGCUGACCGUGCACCCCGAAAUGAUGAAGGAAAAGAUGCAUAUGAUUUAGCUGUAGAAAAAGAAUUUGAUGAAUGUAAAGAAAUUGUAGCUAAAGCACUUGAAAAACGUGGUAUUAAGGUAGGCACUACGUCACAUCAAACAUCGACGACAUCCGAUAAGUUGGCCAAUGACGUUGACAAAUUAAAAAUUAAACAAGAUGAAGAUGAUGAUAUUAAAGGUGAUGAUGAUGAUGAAUUAAUUAAUUGUAAAGAAUUAUUUCCUGUUGAUGUUAUAAAAUGA